AAGAAGUGACUGAUCACGGGCAAUUCGAAAUAUCGCGAGACUUCCCUCCCCACUCUGUUCGUGACCACGUCAAGGGAACCCAGAAGUUAGAAAUCAUGGCGGAGCGCAGGAGACACAAGAAGCGAAUUCAGGAGGUCAGUGAACCUGCCAAGGAUGAGAAGGCAGUGGCCAAGUACCUGCGCUUUAACUGCCCCAACAAAUCCACCAACAUGAUGGGACAUCGAGUGGAUUACUUUGUCGCUUCUAAAGCAGUCGAAUGUCUGCUGGAUUCAAAGUGGGCCAAAGCAAAGAAGGGCGAGGAAGCUUUGUUCACAACCAGAGAGUCGGUGGUGGGCUACUGCAACAGGCUCCUAAAGAAGCAGUUUUUCCACCGAGCCCUGAAAGUGAUGAAGAAGAAGCCAGAGAAAGAUGCAAAGAAAGAGAAAGAGAAAGAAAAAGAUAAGGCUAAAAGUGACAGUGGCAAAGAAGAGGAGAAAAAAAGCAAAAAGGACAAAGAUAAAAAGAAGGACUCUGAGGCUGUAGACACAAAGAAGGAAAAAAAUGAUGACAGUCCAGGAUCUCCGAAGAAGAAGAAGGACGUGAAAAAGAAAUUCAAGCUGGAACCUCAUGAGGACCAACUGUUCUUGGAUGGCAAUGAGGUUUAUUUUUGGAUUUACGAUCCAGUCCAUUUCAAAACCUUUGCCAUGGGCUUGAUUCUAGUGAUUGCCGUCAUCGCAGCCACUCUGUUCCCGCUGUGGCCCGCUGAGAUGAGAGUUGGUGUGUAUUACCUGAGCGUGGCAGCGGGAUGCUUCGUCGCAGGCAUACUUCUCCUGGCCAUUGCUCGCUGCAUCCUGUUCAUGAUCAUCUGGUUAGUGACCGGUGGCCGUCAUCACUUCUGGUUCCUACCGAACUUGACAGCCGACGUGGGCUUUAUCGACUCCUUCCGUCCCCUCUACACGCACGAAUACAAGGGUCCGCGCUCCAGCUCCAAGAAAUCCAGCAGCGAGAAAUCCGACAACAAGGGUGCAGAUUCAAGCAAAGCGCAGAAAUCAGAUAGCGAGGACAAAUCGGACAGCGAGAAGAAAGACGGCGAUGAGGAAGAGGAUGAAGACGACAAUAAAGAAAUUGAGGCGAGCGAGGAAGCAGGUGCAGAACGUCAGUCGGACACAGACAGUGACAGACGAGAGGAUGAAGGGUCGCAGCACAGCAACGGCAACGACUUUGAAAUGAUCACCAGAGAAGAGCUGGAGAGUCUCCCUGACCCCAUGUUUCUCUGGUUUACUUCAUUUUUCUUUUUCGUUCAUGUUAACUAUCUAAUGUAA